GAGAGAAAGAGAGAGAGAGAAAGCGUGAGACAGAGCUGCUUCAGUUUCCUGAGCAGAGGUCGAGAGGCAGGAGUCUCGUCGCUCAUCUACCUGAUGAAACCCAGCAGGGACGGCUAGAGGAGCGCGCGGAGAAACCCCCGAAAGACGCUGAAGAUCCAGCCAUGCUGCAGACCAUUUACGAGUCUGACUCCAGCAUCAGGAGGAGACGCCUGGACGCUCACAGCGCGCCCAUCGCUUCAGAUUCGGAGGUGCUGUCGGCGGUGGGCGGCACGUCGGAGGUCGCUAUGUUGGACUGGGACCGCGAUUCGGACGAAUGGGAGAAACAGUUACAGCGCGAGCUGCUUCUGAUCCAGAGACAGCAGCAGAUCCAGAAGCAGCUGCUCAUCUCCGAGUUCCAGAAGCAGCACCAGAACCUGCUGAGACAGCACCAGGCCCAGCUCGAGGAGCACGUCAAGCUCCAGCAGGCUCUGUUAACUCUCCGGCAGCAGCAGGAGGUGUUCGCCGAGGAGCGUCGCCUGGUGGCCGAGGAGGAGAGAGAGGAGGUGAAGGAGGACGAGAAGGAGCUUCACAGGAGAGAGACGCAGAAACACCAGCACCACAGACGGAAGGAGAGAUCCAAAGAGAGUGCGAUGGCGAGCACUGAGGUUCGUCAGAAGCUGCAUGACUUCCUGAUGAGCAAAUCAGCUAAAGACCCGUCAGCGUCGGGCGCCGGUUACCCUCUCACCCGCUCCAAGCUGUGGUACAGCUCCGCCCACCCGGGUCCUGCGGAGCAGAGCUCGCCUCCUCUAGGAGAGACUCCGCCCACCUUCAAAUACCCUCUGACCUCCGGCCUGGACUACAGAGAGGACUUCCCUCUCAGGAAGACUGCGUCUGAGCCCAAUCUGAAAGUGCGCUCCAGACUCAAGCAGAAGGUUUCCGAGAGACGGAGCGGGCCGAUACGACGCAGAGACGGCAGCGUCCUCGUCACGCCGCUGAAAAAACGAACUCUCGAACUAACAGAUUCGUCAGCCAAUGAGAGCCCUGCAGGUUCUGGACCGAGCUCACCCAUUGGUUUGUGCAGCAAUGAGAACGGAACAUCAUACCAGUCCAGCAGCACUCAAAUCGAGCGCUGUCUGUCUCAGGGGGGUGUCCUACAGACGGACGGGUCCAUGUCUCUGUUGAAUCUCUACACGUCCCCGUCCCUGCCAAACCUCACGCUGGCUCUGCACCCUGCUCACGCACACAUCUGUACGGGGACGGCGCUGAAGGACCGGAGCGCUGAGGGUCUCGCCGCGUCUCCCGUCUCGAUGGAGGCUAAAGUGAGCAACGGACAGCAGGCGCUCCUCCAACACCUCCUGCUGAAGGAGCAGAGGCAGCAGAGGAUGAUGUCACCGGUCACAGGUAGUGUUCCUGUGCUCUCCUCGUCUCCUCUGCUGAUGAAGGAGCGUCCGUCAGUAAGUUCCCGCUCCAGGUUACCACGGCACCGACCUCUGAACCGGACGCAGUCAGCGCCGCUGCCACAGAGCACUCUGGCUCAGCUCGUGCUGCAGCAACAGCACCACAGCUUCAUGGAGAAACAGAAACAGCUUCACCAGCACGUCCACAUCAGCCAGGUUCUGUCUCAGUCCAUCGAACAGCUGAGGAAUCCCAGCACUCAUCUGGAGGAGGAGGAGGAGGAGGAGGAGGAGGAAGAGGAGGAGGAGGAGAUCACAGCGCCCCCCGCUGGAGUCAUACGCAGCUCCAGAAACUCUCCGAGCGAAGCCAGAGUCAUCCGCCUCAAAACUGAGCCCGAGGACACACCGACACACACCGGAGAAGAACAGGAGCACAGCCACGCCGAACACUGUCUGGAAAACAUGACGGAGACCGAUGUCUGAAAGACAGAAAGAAAUGCCGAAAGUAAGGAAAGAAGGAAAGAAAGAAAGUGCCCGAUCUCACAAAACUGAAUCUUGUCAAAAAAAUGCUCAGGUCACAUUUAAAUAAAGUUAUUCGGGUUUUUUUUAUAAAACGUUUACAAUAUUUUGCUUAAAGAAAAUAUAGCUUUACAGUGUUUUUGCAUUGUGACAGUUUUUUAUAAUGCGGUUUUUAACUGGUAAACAAGAUGCUCUGAUUCGGGGUUUUUUAUUUUUACAGUAAAAAUAAGAACAAUAUGCAAGCAGAAAUUAAUGGUGGUGAAAAAAUGCAGCGCGAAAUUAAUGUUGCAUUAUGUAGAAAAGAAGACAUUUUUUAAGCAAUAAUUCUCCAAUAAAUACUACAAAUAAUUACAUUAAUUUGGCAAUACACAUUUUUUUAAAAGUUCAAAAGCAAAGUGUUCAGAGUUUACUGUAAUACAGUAAAAUAUACUACAUUUUGUUUACUGAAGCAUUAAUCAAAGUCAAAUAAUUAGAAAAAAACUGCCAAUGUAUGAUAAAUGCUACAAAUAAUAUAACAUUUUGCAUUGCAUAAUUAAAAAAUUAAAAGAGAAAAUGUACCGUAAUGCAGUAAAAUAACUACAUUUAUGUAAAAAAGAACAUAAAAUAUAUUUUUUAGAUCCCUUAUAUUGCUUAAUAAUUUCAUCAAGAAUUACUGUAAUAGAUAAAAAAAACAGAUAUAAAAAAAAACAAUUUAUGAAAUUCAAAAAAUAAUAGUAAGUCUGAUUUUAGAGCAAAUACUGGCACUGUGGAAAAAAGACUAAAAAUAACUCGUGAAAGGGUCUUACCAAAGAAGUUACAUUUACUUUAAGCAAAAUACAGUGAAAUGUGAGCCGGACAUUUAUUUGAGGUUCAGCCCAAGAAAGUAAGAAAGGAUGAAGGUGAAGUGAAAUACUGAAAGGAAAGCGAAAGCGGAGACGCGCUCGUCUGUCCAGCGUCCGUCCUCAGCCCUGUUACUGUGACACUGUCCGUGACCUCUGACCUCUGACCUCUGGGUCUGCUGUGAUCUCUCCUCUCGGUGGUGGUGGUUGUUGUUGUUGUGUGUGAAGCUAAAUAAAGAAAAGCGAUGACCCCGGAGCUUUCAGGCGAGCACGGGACAUGAUGCUAGCUAGCUAACGAAGCCGAACAACGUCCUGGUCGUGAAAGCGCUGGCGUUUCUGCUGGUCGACCGGAGACGAAAACUCACGGGGGAGAUGGGUUUCAUGACCGCUGUCACCCAGAGGCCGGAUUCACCGAAACACGUCAAGAAAUUCCUUGAGAGUUUGUAAAAAAAUCUUAAAAGGUUCACGAGAACUAAGCUGCUGGAAAAGUUCAUUAUAAAACGACAAAUAUGUUUCCCUUUUAACUUGAUUUGAGGCUUUAUCAGUCAUUGGUGUCAUGUUUGUAGCACUAAAUAUUUUGUUGUUAUAUUUGUAUUUUGUUUUUUUUAAUUCGUUGAAGUUCUGGUUUUCUUUUAUUAAUCUAUGUUACAUUUUUAUUUCAGUUUACCAGCAAUCUUGCCUUGGAAACUUGCUGUAAAAACUGUUUUUAUAUAUAUAUAUAUAUAUAUAUAUAUAUAAAUUUUAUAUAUAUAUAGAUAUAUAGAGAGAGAAUUUAUUUAACUGUUAUUAUUAUUUUUGUUUGUUUUUUUGCAGUUUUACUUAUUUAACUGCAAUACCUCUGAUCUCUAGCAAUAGUGGUGAGAUUUGUUUUGGGGUUUUUUUUUAUAUUUGAAAUUUAAUUUCUAAACGUAAGGCAAGUUGUAGGGUUCUCUUUACUUUAUGAGCUGUAUUGAACACGAAAUAUUUAUAGCUGCAUUUUUUUUAAUUAAGUUUGAAAAUAAGAAGAAAAUAGCAAUUACAGAGAUUUUUAUUGUUCUCAAGACUGCUUCAUGAAUCCGGCCUUGGGUCUUCGGCGCUUGUUUACAUGACGGAGUCUGUGUUUGUACCGUGUGGAGUCCGGACAGUCAGUGAUUCACAUGACUCAUAUGAUUCAGUCAGUGUUUGAUUCACGUGACUCACAUGAUUCAGUCAGUGUUUGAUUCACGUGGCUCACAUGAUUCAGUCAGUGUUUGAUUCACGUGACUCACAUGAUUCAGUCAGUGUUUGAUUCACGUGACUCACACGAUUCAGUCAGUGUUCGAUUCACGUGACUCACACGAUUCAGUCAGUGUUUGAUUCACAUGACUCACAUGAUUCAGUCAGUGUUUGAUUCACGUGACUCAGUCAGUGUUUGAUUCACAUGACUCAGUCAGUGUUUGAUUCACGUGACUCACAUGAUUCAGUCAGUGUUUGAUUCACGUGACUCACACGAUUCAGUCAGUGUUUGAUUCACGUGACUCACACGAUUCAGUCAGUGUUUGAUUCACGUGACUCACAUGAUUCAGUCAGUGUUUGAUUCACGUGACUCAGUCAGUGUUUGAUUCACAUGACUCAGUCAGUGUUUGAUUCACGUGACUCACAUGAUUCAGUCAGUGUUUGAUUCACGUGACUCACACGAUUCAGUCAGUGUUUGAUUCACGUGACUCACAUGAUUCAGUCAGUGUUUGAUUCACGUGACUCAGUCAGUGUUUGAUUCACAUGACUCAGUCAGUGUUUGAUUCACGUGACUCAGUCAGUGUUUGAUUCACGUGACUCACACGAUUCAGUCAGUGUUUGAUUCACGUGACUCACAUGAUUCAGUCAGUGUUUGAUUCACGUGACUCACAUGAUUCAGUCAGUGUUUGAUUCACAUGAUUCAGUCAAUGCUGGAUUCACAUGACCCAGUGAUUCAGUCAAAUGUUAAACCCACACUGAUUCAGUGAUUCAGAUGAGUCAGUGUUAUUGUUUAGAUGUGUUUUAUGUCUCAUUAGAAUCAGUAUCGCUGUGAAUCGCCAACGGUGACGUUUGUAGAAGAAAAACGCUGAUGUUUCACCUAAACUUUGCGGUUUUUCUCAGUCCACGACGCCAGCGGCACAGAGAUGUAUAAAGUUUUGUGAUUUUGCAAUAUCGUUUUGGUGAUCAUACACUGUGUCGAAGGCCUGCGAGAUGUACAGAAGCACAGACGAACGAAUCGCCGUCACCGAUCACGCUAACGCAACGGACGACUGACGGAUUCUUAAUCAUGUGGCCAUAAAAGUACAACGAGAGCCUGUUUUUACUUCACUGCUCUGUAAAUAACGUUUAUUAUCCACCGUUCCGCUAGAUUGAAACAGUAACUGCAUGGAAAACCUCGGGUCGAGGGUCAUGUUUACGUUGGCAUUAUAGUUUUAAAAUAAAAGCUGUUUGUAAAAGUUC